CUCCGCAAGAUGCUGCCUUUCGUGCCCACCGUUCGCGUGGCGUUGAUCUGCAUGAUGGUCCAGAUGCUGGCGUGCCUGAUGAUUUCACUCCUGCCCACAUCUCGCGUGGUGUUGCUCUACAUGAGGGUCCAGAUGCAGAUGUGGUUGCCCACCUCCCGCGUGGUGUUGCACAACCACGUGGAUGUGACAGAAGUGCUCGGCCUGGACCUCGACGACCUCUGCGUCCGCGUGGCCCUGCUUGAGGGUGCGGCGAGGAAGGAGGCCGAGGAGUGCGCGACGGAUUGCCUGCAGCUCCAGAUCCAGUCGCUGCCCACGCGGCUGGAUGCGGCGGUGGAGGCGUUCACGAAGACGCAGACGCUGGCGGCGGAGAUCACAGCGCGGAAGACGGUGGAGGCGGUCACUCCCGGUGCUGAGCGCCUGCUUCGCGUGGAGAAGGCCCCCGCCACCGCUGAGACCAAAGCGAAGAAGGAAGCAGAGGAGAAGACCACGACGGACGCAGACGCCAAGGAGAAGGCUUGGGCGGAGGCCUAUGAGCUGCUCGUGCAGGCCGAGGCCGUUGCGAAGGAGGAUGAAGCAAAAGCGAAGACCGAAGCUAAAGCGAAGAAAAAGAAGAUUGUCCGUCGUACGGGCGCUGGCCGACGAUGGAAUGCUUCACUGAAGGUUGUGAACGCCGCUGCCAAGGCCUAUUUGUCCUCCGCCAAGGCGAAGCAGGACGAGAAGCUCCACGACGGUGCUGCCAGAGCCCAGUGCUCUUUUGUGGUCGGCGCGGGCACUGAAAAAGGCACCAGCAUGAGCGGCGCCCCCAUGGAGUCCAAGGGCUUGGACAAGGUCCCUGGGGACAUGGACUCGGGCGUGGCCGAGCCGCUCCUCGGGCGCGCGAUCAGCGCCAAGCAGGCCCGCGCCGCGCUGCUCUCCCUCGCUGGCUCCGAGAAGCAGCGCCUGCACAUCGCGACCAUGGAGCUCCCCGACGAGCUGGACCUGAUGACGCUCCAGGAGAAGGCCAAGGCCAUCUCCCUCCCCGUGCGAAAG